GGUAUUAUGCCAAAGGACUGUGGAGUCGCAAAGCAGAUGGUUUAGUUGCAGCUAGUUAGAAGCAGCCAAACAUGGCCGAUGAAGGAAAGCUCGCCUGUGUCACUGGGGGCACAGGCUUUGUGGCGUCAGUGCUCAUCAAGCAAUUGCUGGAGAAACGCUAUGCUGUGAAUACCACUGUCAGGGAUCCUGAGAAUUCGGAAAAGAUCGCACACCUCAAGGAGAUGCAAAAUCUAGGUUCCUUGAAAAUUUUCCGAGCAGAUCUGAGGGAUGAGGGGAGCUUCGAUGAAGCAGUGGCUGACUGCGAUUAUGUCUUCCAUGUUGCAGCUCCAGUGAAUCUGAACACUGAUGAUCCUGAGAAUGAGCUUAUCAAACCUGCUGUCCAAGGAAUUCUGAAUGUGAUGAAAUCAUGCCUGAAGGCAAAGUCAGUGAAGCGCUUUGUUCUAACAUCAUCAGCAGUUAGUGUCUCUGUUAAAAAGCUUAGAGAGAAUGGUCUUGUGUUGGAUGAGGAAUCUUGGUCGGAUAUGGAGUUUCUAACUGCCGAGAAGCCCCCAACAUGGGGAUACGGAGUCUCCAAGAUGCUUACAGAGAGGGAAGCAUCAAGAUUUGCACAAGAGAAUAAUAUCAACCUUCUCACCAUAAUACCUGCCCUUUCAAUUGGUCCUGCACCUGUUGCCAGAGCUGCACCAAGCAUUGGCAUGGCUCUGUCCUUGCUAACAGGUAAUGAAAUGCUGCUUAAUGGUUUGAAGGUCAUGCAAUCACUCUCUGGCUCAAUCUCAAUCGUACAUAUUGAGGAUGUCUGCAGAGCUCAUGUAUUUGUUGCUGAGAAUGAAUCUGCUUCUGGCCGUUACAUUUGUUGCUCAAUUAACACAGCUUUGCCAGAGCUCGCACGCUUCCUCGCAAAACGAUACCCACAGUACAAAGUCCCUACCGAUUUUGGAGAACUACCAGAAAAGGCUGAGUUAAGCCUCUCCUCAGAGAAGUUAAUCAAAGCAGGGUUUGAGUUCAAGUACGAGCAACUUGAACAAAUCUAUGAUGAAGCUGUCAAAUAUGCCAAGGCCAUAGGACUGCUGCCAUCAGAAUGAGGCUAACGUCAUGUACUAGAAGAUAAGAAUGUACGAAGCAAUCAUCAAGUAUUCUCUGGAUUGUUUCCAAUAAAAGUCUUCUGCCUAGAAUGGCAGCAUGGAGUUUAUGGUUAGUUGCGCCCUACAUAUUAUUUAGGAGCUUCAAGCUGGUUAAUAGUUUUUUUUAAUCUGUCAGCUAUGUUGUUAUCCUGUUCUGAAGCUGGAGUAACUGCAUUUCUAUAUGCACUUACCAUAUUUACCUAAAGUGUAGUGGCUCUAUGCCACCUUGUUUUGAUAUUGAAUAACUACAUAUUGAUUAGGCUACUACA